AUGCAAGUGAGAGACAUUCAAGUAGCUUCUGCCUUAUCACUUGCUAUAGAUGAGUCUUGUGACAUAAAAGACACGGUACAAGUUUCCCUUUUCGUCAGAUAUAUGUCGUCCCAAGGUCCAAAAGAAGAACUGUUAGGGUUGCUACCGCUCUCUGGACAAACUCGUGGGGAAGAUAUAGCAAAUGCUGUGCAAAAAUGCCUGGAAGACAAUGGAAUAAAUUUAAAUAAAAUCGUUUCCAUAGCAACUGAUGGAGCCAGAAGUAUGACUGGAAUACAUAAAGGUGCAAUAUCGAUUCUUCAGACCAAAAUUAACCACGAAAUCCUAACGUUUCACUGCAUAAUUCAUCAAGAGGCGCUUUGUGCCCAAACAUUUCCGUCCGAAAUAGUUGAGGUCAUGAACUUAGUAAUUAAAAUUAUUAACAGCAUCUUAGCAAAAACACUCUACCAUCGCCAGUUUAAAGAUUUCCUUGAAGAAAUAGAUAGCCCGUAUUCUGACCUACUUUUGCACAAUAAAGUACGAUGGCUUUCCAGAGGUAACGUAUUAAAACGUUUUGCUUCGUGCUUGAGAGAAAUAAAAACAUUCGUCAAUGAAAAAGGCAUUGACCAUCUCGAAUCGGAAGAAGACAAAUGGUUACAAAAAUUCUUCUUCAUGGUAGAUAUUACAAUGAAACUAAAUGAGCUAAAUAUAAAACUACAAGGAAAGGGAGUUCCAGCAUAUGCCUUGAUGGAAGAAGUGGUUUGUUUCGAAAAAAAAUUACUUAUUUUUAGUGAAGACAUGGAGAGCGGUAAAUUAUUUUAUUUUAGAAAUCUAAAGCAAUAUUGUGAUGAAAACAAUGCAAAUAUUGACAUUAAUUACUUCUGCAUAACUAUAAAAAAAAUGAAGGAUGAAUUCUCCAAAAGAUUCGAGCAAUUCAAAACAAACAAAAGUACUCUCGCAUUUAUAGUAAAUCCUUUCAACACAAACACACAUGAGAUCAACAUUGAACCAUUUGAAAUUGAUGCUGGAUCGUUUCAAAUGCAAUUGCUCGAUUUAAAAAACAAAGACCUGUGGAGUGACAAGUUCAUAGAACUCAAGAGUAAGUUGGAAGAAUUGGAGGUUCAGAAAUGCAUGCACGUCGCGCAGAACAAGUGGACAGCUCUAAAAAAAAAAUGCCGAGAGUAG